UGUCCAUCCCUGCAGUUCCAACACAAACACAAGCCAUGGCUUCUUCUGCCCGGUGGUCUCUCUGUCUCGUUCUCUUAUCCCUCACCUCCGCCGCUCUCGCCGCCGCCCCAAGGAGGACGGUUGACGUUCCCUUCGGCCGAAACUACUACCCCACCUGGGCGUACGAUCACAUUAAAUACAUCAGUGGAGGCUCUGAGGUUCAGCUCCAUCUCGACAAGUACACUGGUACUGGUUUCCAGUCCAAAGGAUCUUACUUGUUUGGUCACUUCUGCAUGCACAUCAAGAUGGUUCCUGGCGAUUCUGCUGGCACAGUCACUGCUUUUUAUCUAUCAUCCAAUAACAAGGAGCACGACGAGAUAGACUUUGAGUUCUUGGGGAAUAGAUCUGGACAGCCUUACAUUCUGCAGACAAAUGUGUUCACCGGAGGCUCUGGUAACAGAGAGCAGAGAAUCUACCUCUGGUUUGAUCCCGCCAAAGAAUACCACACAUACUGUGUUCUCUGGAACCUGUAUCAGAUUGUAUUCUUUGUGGACAAUGUACCGAUUAGAGUGUUCAAGAACAGCAAGGACCUGGGCGUGAAAUUCCCGUUUCAGCAGCCCAUGAAAAUAUACAACAGUCUAUGGAAUGCAGAUGACUGGGCCACGAGGGGUGGUUUGGAGAAGACAGACUGGUCCAAAGCUCCAUUCAUAGCGUCCUACAAGGGAUUCCACAUCGAUGGGUGCGAGGCCUCCGUGAACGCCAGGUUCUGUGCGACACAGGGCAAGAGAUGGUGGGACCAGCCUGAGUUCCGUGACCUCGAUGCUCUUCAAUGGCGAAGACUCAGAUGGGUACGUCAGAAAUACACCAUCUACAACUACUGCACCGACCGCAAGCGCUUCCCAGUUAUGCCACCAGAAUGCAAGAGGGACCGCGACGUUUAAGUUUUUAAUCUCCCAUUCUUAUUACUGUUAUGAGUCGAUACAAUUUCCUCCGCGUUUUCUUCUUUGUAUUUCUCAUUCCAUUUACCACAUCCAGGACUAUACUUCACUGUUGUUUGAGCUAUUUAAUUUAACUAUAAAGAUGAGGAUUUGAGAGAAACAGGGGAGACUCUGUUUUAUGCGAGACGAGAGACUUCAUGAUGUAAUGCAGUGUAUCUGUGAUUCAAUAUAAAAUUCAUAUACUAUACCUGUUGCGUGGGAA